AUGGAAUCCUCAUCUACAGGUAUGUAUGUAGCUGUAGAUUUUCAUUACUAUGGAAUGUUUUCGCCAAACCCGUUGGUGUACUUAGACCCUGUAAAAACAAGUGAGUUUGUGGAAACUGUUUAUAGUCUUGAGAGUGAGUUAGAUGUGUACAUUGACCACCAAAAUGAACCACUUCUUGAUUGGGCUGAUAACGAGUUGUUAGCAGAUGUUAAAGGGUAUGAGUUGGAUGAGUUUGAUGAAGAUGGUGACAAGGAUUCUGAACUUUCAGAGAGAAUGGAAUAUGAAUAUUAA